CCCAGACCUGACGGACGCAUCGAUCGAUGUGUCAAUCAUGAGAUCACAAAUUUGGCAAUUAGCUAAAUUAGGGUAAAUCGAAGGGAAGAUUUGAUCCUGUUGUAACAUGAAAAUUGUUUCAAGUAUGUAACUAAAGCUUCGUCACCUUUUCACUAUGCAAAAAGACUCUGGGUUCACGAAAAAUCGAAACAUUUGUGACAUCCGAAAUUUCAAUCCAGAAGAUAUAACCACAGUUUACAAACACCCAGAUGUCAUUCAUGUUUGCGAAUAUAUCAAAGACAAACUGUAUUUUGCAACGUUAAACAAUGGUCGAAAAGAUGUAAAAAGUACUUCGAGUAUUAGUUUUUUCAGCAUCGAUCACGAGCUAAUUUAUAAUAACUUUUACAACGAUUUUGGCCCCUUGAACAUUGCCUGUUUGUACAGAUACUGCUGUAAGGUGAACAAAAAGCUCGAAAGUUCGGUAAACCAACAUAGACAAAUCGUGCAUUACACCUCGCAACGAGAUCAGAAGAGAACAAAUGCCGCUUACCUAAUCACAUCCUACGCCUUGUUGUACUUAAAUAAAACCCCCAAAGAGGCUUACAACAGCCUCUUCACGGGGGGCGAUGUUCCUCUAAAACCAUUUCGAGAUGCAUCUAUGGGGCCGGCCAUCUACAACAUUCAUUUAUUAGAUUGUUUGAACGCGCUCCAGAAAGCAGCCUCGUUUGGAUUUUUUAAUUUUAAUGACUUCGAUGUAAACGAAUACGAGAAAUACGAGGAUAUAAGAAACGGUGAUUUAAGUUGGAUAGUACCGCAAAAGUUUCUUGCUUUUGUUGGGCCAAGCACAGAACCAGGCACCCCUUAUCAUCCACCCGAAUGUUACAUUGAUUAUUUUUUAAAAAAUGGAGUGAUUGCAGUGGUCAGAUUGAAUAAAAAGUCUUAUGAUGCAUCGAGGUUCACCGAGGCGGGAAUAAAACAUUACGAUAUGUUCAUGCCGGACGGUACGGUUCCCCCUAGAAGAAUUCUCAACGAAUUCCUUCAGCUCAGUGAAAAUACUACAGGACCAAUAGCGAUUCAUUGCAAAGCUGGGUUAGGAAGAACAGGUUCGCUAAUUGCCGCGUAUUUGAUAAAGCAUUACAAAAUGUCCGCCAGAGAGGCUAUAGCUUGGACAAGAAUUUGUAGACCCGGUUCCGUGAUUGGGCACCAACAAUCAUGGUUGGAAAAUAUGGAGAAAAAUUUAUUGAAUACCGGCCAACAGUACAAAUUGAAGUACUAUGGCGAUGGUGACGUAAUACUGCACCACAAGUAUGGAAUAUACUCGAUUACAAAUCCAGUGGAGAAACAAAUAUCUUACUCCUCCGAAAUUGGAUGCACUGAAGCUAACAAAUACGAUAGUCCACCGAUCGAGAAGAGGAAUAAAAUGAAGCUUACGAAAAUUUUAGUUUUUUUAUCCAGGAAAAUUCCGAAAUAUCAGAGGAUCGGACGAUUUAGAGAAGGAGCCGCGAGGAUAUCGGAGCAACGAUGCAAAUAUAACACAAGGAGAUCGAUUGAACGAAAUCAAGCUGAAUCGACACAGGCUAUUUACAAACACGGACUCGAGACCGAAGAAUCAUAUUGGGUACAGACCAGAUGACUCGAACAACGCGCGUAAAAGGAAAUAAAACAGGUAAACUGUAACAAAAGAGAAUUUACUAUUUUAUUGCGUUCAUAGAGGUGUUCAAAGUGAAUACCACUUUAAUUGUAAUCAAGAAUAAUUUGUUUAAAAAAGUACAUAAGGACUGUUAAAGUCAGAGCUUCGGAAGAAGAAUGAUUUAUACGAAAUCGUUUCACAUAAUUUUAUAAUCCAUUCGUUACAAAAUGAUUCGUUUAGUAUAAACUAAAUAGAGAGAGAUUUUCUCCAGGAGAAUUAUUACAAUAAUUAUAUAGAGAAUAUAAUUUCUGAACAACUCACUGAUUAUCAUUACAACUAUCACGAUUGAUUAGAACAAACAAAAAACAACAAAAAAAAAUAGUAUGCAAUAAAUUUCAGUGAAACCUGUUCAAAUUAUUCUAUACUCUAUAUAUUUAUUCAAAAAGUAAUUUCCACGUAGAACAUUUUGACAUAGCGUCGACAAAUAGGAGGUAUUUCAGCAAAAACAAGAUUUUGAGAAACAAAAGCAGGUAGAAUGCUUGAAUUACACAAGCACCUGCCUCUCUCAAGUUUUGUACAUUUAUGCGUCGAUUAACACUUUUGUUUAAUCUUGUUUUUCUUUGCUAAUCGCGAGCCUUGAUGCAAUAAUUUCAUUUGGCAUUGAAACUUCAACCUUUAAGCAGACAUGAUAAUUUGUCGUUCAAGGAAAGAAGUAAAAUAGAAAAAUUGACAAGGACUUAUAUGUUUUUCAAAAAACAUGAACCACAAAUUUGUACCUAGUUAAAUAUACGAGGAAAGUUUGCCAUAAACCUGUGCAGUAAAAAGUGUUAAUCAAAGUAAUUAUCGCUGGUAUCUCACGUUCCAUUGAAUGGUCGUUCGUUAUUUAUAAUUUACGAUUAUUACUCGUUAUAGAUCUUAUAAUUGCUGUAGAUUAUUAACUAUCGAAGUUUAUACGAUACAUAAAACAUAUGUAUUUUAUACCCUAUAGUUAAUGGGAACAGUUUCAAGAUAGAGUAUACGAUUGUGCUAUGUAACAUCGAAGUGAAAUUCAUUCGAAUUUGUAGGAAAAAGAAAAAGAAAAAAAAAACUUUCCGUGAGGUAUUGUGAUUACCUGCUUUGCAGCAGAUUUAUGGUGGCAGAUUCAAUUGUUAACGACUAAAACAUCAAAGACAAAUCCAAUUUUGCGAGCAUACUUAUACCGCAAAUAUUAUCUAAUAGCACAGAAAUAUAAGAAAGUAAUUAUUAACUAAACAUCAUAACUCCGUUCUUUUUUUUUUGUGUUAAUGCAAAAAGAAGUAAUUAGUAAUAAUAAUCUGGCAUCGAAAUCUCGCGUAUCACAAUGAUCAGAGUUUGAUAAAUAGGAGUGUAUAAAACAGGCCAUGAGUUUAAUUCCUCCUGAACUGAUACACGCGGUCCUUAUUAUUCAAUCAGUUUAUCGUUUCGUUAAUCCCUUUUUAAGAUACAAUUCGUUACUAUGUUGCUGAGAAAUGAACGUGAAGUGUAUCUAAAAUUACUAUGAUCCACAUUUUUACGUUUAUGCACAACAGCAUUAUCCAUGAUGCAUCGUGAACUCUAUAUUCAAUCAUUUCUGCAUCAUCAUUCAUUGUUUCUUUUCUUUUGUCUCCACUUUCCAUUACAUCUAAACACGCGUUACAAAAUUUUCUUUUACGAAAGUUAUUCCUUUACUUGCACUAAGCACAUUAUUAUAUUUUAUGAUUAUUAACCGUUACAAUCAUCGUAGAUUUAUCCACAACUAUCAAAAUUCUUAUUAAUCGUCUGGAACUACUUUCCUUUUUUUUUAUUCUUUUCUUUUUAUUGUUAUCGAGCUCAGAUAUUACAAUAUUGAUCGCUCACGUAAGACUGUGUUGUGUUUUUUUUUUUUGUGUUUUCUUUAACUAUAC